AUGCCCGAGGAAAGAUAUGCACAGAAAAACAAGAUCGGGAACUUGACUUCUGCUUUUGAUUCUGUGAAAGAGCUUACGAAAGUGAACUUUGACAACAAUAUUAUUGAGUAUGUGAAACCGGACAUUUUCCCGGACAGCCUUCGCGUUAUACAUCUAUCGAAUAAUCGUCUUAGCGAGCUGACCCACGGACUGAUACCAAGCUCUGUCGACAGUGUGUAUCUUGACGGAAAUCAAAUACGAGAAAUUCCAGCUGGAAUAUUGACGUGGCGGUUGCAAUUACUGUAA